UCACUUGUUUCAAGCAAAUCAUGUCACGGAGAACCACUCCCCUUCAGGAUGCCAUUAAUCACAUCCUUGCAAGAAGAGACAAGAAUUCAAUGUUAGAAAUCAAAUUUAUUAAUUCAGUUAAAGGUCGUGGCAUCUUCACUUUAGCCAAUUUCAAACAAGGAGACUUUGUGGUCGAGUAUAGAGGGGAGCUUAUUGAUGCAACUGAAGCUGAACACAGACGUAACCUGUACCACAGCGCAUGUUCAGUCUUCAUGUUUGAAUUCAUAUGGAAGCAGAAGACAUUGUGUAUUGAUGGAGCACUUGAAGAUGGGUCAUUUGGGCGACUAGUAAACGAUGAACACAGGACACCAAAUUGCAGAAUGAAGUUGAUUGAAGCAGAAGGGAAGCCACAUCUCUGCCUUUUUGCACUGAAGGAAAUUGCGGCAGGAAGUGAAAUUACUUAUGACUAUGGUGGGAAAGAAUGGCCCUGGCGGAAAAAGCUAAAGAUCGCAAGCAUCCCUUCUGGUCAACAGUGUGUUGCAGAGCCUAUUGCCCAUGACGUGGAGCACCAUGUGAUCUCUACAGACUCAUUCACAGACAGAGAAUUAAGAGCAGAGUGUCAGUCAUCUAGACCUACAGCAGACAACUCUGAGCAUGAGGUGCAUUCUGUUGGAGGUCAGCGUGGCACUUCUUCUCUGAAAGAGUUAAUUGGUGAAGUUGGUGUCCAGUGUCGGGAGUUGUCACCCCAAGCGUUCUCAGAAGAACUUACCAGUGAGAGCAAAUCGAAAGAGGUGCCACAAUCAUCCAGAGCUGUGCCUAAUGACUCUGCUUGUGAGCUAAAGAUCGCAAGCAUCCCUUCUGGUCAACAGUGUGUUGCAGAGCCUAUUGCCCAUGACGUGGAGCACCAUGUGAUCUCUACAGACUCAUUCACAGACAGAGAAUUAAGAGCAGAGUGUCAGUCAUCUAGACCUACAGCAGACAACUCUGAGCAUGAGUGUACAAUUCAUAGGCUGGUAUUUGAAUCGGUGAAACUUGACAAAUGCGGGAUAUGCCAUUCACCUUUGACAGCUAUCAGAUGGCACGGUCUAAGAUGCAAGCAAUGCCGUUGUGUGUGGCAUAAGAUCUGCCUCCAGACAUCUUCAGAAGACUGGGAUAUGUCCGACGGUGAUGUCUCAUCUGAUGAAGAAUACAUCCCAAAUUCUGCAUCAGAUUCAGAAAGCUCAGGAACAGAGUUGUCUAUUGAGUUACCUGGACCAUCAAAAAACUCCCAUGCUGCUAGCAUGCCUGAUUUAUGCGUUACUUUUGCUGAAAAAGAACAGACCAUGGAUGUUAAGAACAACUUUGAGCACAUUUUGAAUGAUCUUGAAACUACUGAUGAUCUUCAUCCCGACCAAGAACCAGACAGCUCAGAGUCAUGCCAGCAGAAAACAAAAGAUGCAUGUAGCGAAAAGAGAGGAGGGAAGGUGAAGUAG